GACGAUUUAAUGUAAAUUUAAGUACGAUUUGUCUACGUUCAGUGGAGGCAAUAAGUUGGCAAAAUUACAGGUCUUUAGGAAACAUAAAAAGUAAAGAAAUUCAGUUAUAAUAUAAUCAUGGCAUCAAGUUCCCUAAGUCAGGAAGAUGCUGAUCGUGAAUUUGAAAUAUCAUCACGUCGAUCCCGUAUACGUACUGCAAGGGCUAAUGCAAGAAAUGCUCCCACCUCUAGUCGCAGUGCUGUUGCUGAUGGAGGCAUUAUUGGUGAUGCAGAAGUCACUGUUCAAACAGGAGCAGUUUAUACUUCUGGUAUUGGUUGUACUGAAAGCUCUGGGAUAGUGAGUGGAGUAGGAGAUCAAGAUGCUUCUCCUAAGCCAACUUCAAGAGCUAAAGAUAAAAGAUGUCCACGUCCAAAUCAUGUAAAUAAAGGGAAGGCUCAGCGUGAGAGAAGGAAACUUCGAGAAAAAAGAAGAAGUACAGGAGUGGUGCAUCUCCCAUCAACAGAGAGUACAGGUGGGAGUACAGGAGAAGAUGAAGAUGAACUUCAGUUGAUGUCUGCUGAGACUAAACGAAACACAGCUCUCAAUGAAUCAUUCACUUUAAAAGACCAAGCAGGAGAAGUUGUGAAAGAAAGUCUUCCUGAACCAUACAGGUCCCGAAAUAACAAAAGCCCAUCAGAUCUUGAUGCUGAUGAUGAAGAUAACCAAGACUAUGAUAGCACUGUCAAUCAGUCAGACUCCACAGUUAGUUUGAUUCAGGAUGAUGCUAAUCGAGGUGCUCAGAGGAGGUCAUCUAGUAUCAAUGGCCGACCAGAGACACCCUGCAGUGAAAAUGCUGAAGAGUUACUGGAACGAGCAAGAGAAGAAAAUCAUAGACUUCUUGAGUUGGUCAAGGAAAGGGAUGAUAAGAUUCUCUAUUUGGAGCAAAAAGUCAGCUCAUUGAGUCGUGAACUUGCAGCUGCUUAUUCUGAAAAAAGCAGACUGGAGGAGGAAAAUCACUCCCUACUUACUGGAUUGGCUAGUCUGAAGAUGAAGUAAGAAGGUUUAUUCUUUGUAUAGACCACUUAGGAAACAGCUUUUUGUUAGAGUCUCAAUCUAUUUUUGCAGCUCCUAAUAUACAUAGUUAAGUUCUGACAGAAUUCAUACUGCCUACUUUACUAGUGUAUCUGUAUUUUUACUGUAAUAAUAAGAACCAUUUGUGUUCGUGUAUUCUUUUUGUUGACAAAAAGCACUUGUAGUUGUAUUUUUAAAACCUGUUUACUCUAUACUGAGAAGUUCUUUGGAAGUAAAUUGUUUGUGUCCAAAUUUAUUAUUUUAUCCUAAUCUUUUCUAUUUUAUGAUAUUCAUUAGAGGGAAAUAAAAGGGCCUCGUGAUUAUAUGAAAGUCAUAUUCUCCACCAGUGUUAAUAAUAUUAUAUUAAUAGAAUUCUCUUUAAUUAUUCUUCUACCAAAUGAAC